GUUUCUUCUCUAAAAGAAGAGAAAAGAAAAGACUGUAUGACCGAACCACAAAACCAACCACAACAACGGUGGUGCUCCUCCUCUCCAAACCCUCACCUCCACCUUCUAAUCCUCCUCCACCGCCAGUAAUCUCCAUGAUCACGCAAACACUAAUCUACUACCUCUCCCAACACCCCUCUAUAGUUACUUUCCGAUGGAGCCACAUCCAAUCAUGGGGCUCUACUUGGUCUUUUCUCUUGACCUCCAUAGCCUUUUAUCUAACGUUUUGCGCAUUAGUCCAUCUUUUCUUACAAAUCUUUAUUAAACGUGGCCGUACUGUCCCUCUCGGUCCAAUCCCAGCCGCGUACAGCCUCUUUAUGGCCUUAAUCUCCGCCGUCAUUUUCUCCGGGAUCCUCCUCUCAACCGCCGCCGAGAUCCAAGAAACGCGGUGGUUUUGGCGUAGAUCAAAAACCCCGUUUCAAUGGCUUCUUUGUUUCCCUCUGGGAACUCGUCCUUCAGGCCGUGUCUUUUUCUGGUCUUACAUGUACUACUUGUCACGAUAUCUCCAUAUGUUCCGAACCUUUUUCACAAUCCUGAGGUUACGUAAGCUGGUUUCUUUCCAGCUUGUCAACAAUUCUAUACUGACCUUCAUGUCCUUUUUAUGGCUUGAAUUCUCCCAAUCCUUUCAAGUGCUGGCGAUUCUAAUAGCAACUUUGGUGUACUCUGUUAUUUACGGGUACAGAUUCUGGACAGCGGUUGGUUUGCCUAGUGCUUGUUUUCCUUUUGUGCUGAAUUGCCAGAUUGUGCUGUUGGGAUGCAAUGUUGCUUGCCAUGUUGGGGUGCUUUCGCUGCAUUUUAUGAAAGGUGGGUGUAAUGGGAUUGGAGCAUGGUGGUUCAAUUCCGUGCUCAAUGGGGCUAUCUUGUUCCUGUUUUUGAACUUCUAUGUCAAGAUGUAUUUGGGGAAGAGGAAGGAGGUAAUAAGCGAGGCCUUGGAGGAGCCAGAGAUGAUGAAAGUUCAAGAUAAAUAAGGGAUUUGAAUGGUAUAGUCUUUUUGGUCACUGUAAUUUGGACUCGAAGAAGCACACCCCCUCAUCAGAGGGGAAAAAAUAAGACAACUGUAUAGCAUAUAUGCUAGGUAAAGUAGGGUUUUUUUUGUUCUUGGUUUUUAUAAAAAUCAAUGUAUACUAUUAGAGGUUUAUUUUAUUUUAUUUUUAUGAAAUCAAGUUUUCGGGUUAAUCUAGAUGAAUGGAUGGAAUUCGACAUGUUUGUAAGAAUCAAUCCUAGUUGAAAUCACGUUGUGCAAAGAUAAUUUCUUUGUCU